GAUCCGUUUCCCCCAUCCCCAUUGGAAUCUCAGAGCCACCAACGUAGGUCCGGCAAAGGGCUCCGAGAUUUGCCCCUUCUCCGAACCCUUCUUCCCACUUGCCAAUUGCUGAAAAGCACAGUCGCGACUGGGCCUUUCGACUUGGGGCAGCAAGGAACGCUGGUCUGGGAGCCGCCCGCCGCGGCCGCACAAGAAGCUCAGCUCACGACUACGGAACACGAGGGCCCGACCAUGAUCAGCGCAGACGUUUGACGACUUCUGUUUCUCUUUGCAAGUCGACUUCAUCGACGACGACGACGACGACGACGACGACGACGGCGACGAUAACGGCCCACGAUCAGGACAAUAAGGAACGGCAGCACGGCAACGAGUAGCAGCAAGCAACGAGGAGCAAGCAACGAGGAGCAAAUUUCGGCUGACACACCACCCACAGAGAGGGAAGCCGCACCAUGGGCCGCCACUCUUUUCUCGACUCGAUCCUUAAUCGGCCAUCGCAGUCAUACUCGGAGCAGCCCUCGACCUCGUCGGCAGCCAGCGGCUACCCGAAGAGCACCGGCAACAAUGGCGGCAAGGGAGGAGGAAAAUGGACGGCACCGAGCGACCUGCCCAAUGCGCCCCGCGCGCCUUCGUCGAUCAUGUCGGGCUCCUUCUUUGGCAGCCGAAAGGAAUCCAAGAGUGUUCCGACGACGAGUCGAUUUGGGCGCAAGAAGCGCGACUCGGUCAUGCCAGGCCACUAUGACUUCAACAACAACGACGGCGGAAUGAGCGAGAUGGGAAGCGUGGCCGAUAGCAACGCGACGGCCAGCCGGCGCAAGGGCCGCUGGUGGGAAGUGGGGAGCCUGCGCGGCGGCCGCAGCAGCAGGGCACCCAGCAUCGCGGGCGACAGCAUCUUCUCGGAGCCUGAGCCACCAGGGAUGGGGGGUGCCCGGACCUGGGGCAUGUCGCAGCAGCAACAGCGCCCGCAAUACGGCACCUUCUCGUCCGCCCAGGGCAUGGCCGGCAUCGGUGCCGGUACCGGACAGGGAGUGAUGGGGUCUGGCCGCGGGAGAGCGUCGAGAAGCGACUACGGCGGCGAUGCCUCGGGCCCUGCCAAUCGGACGAGGAGCAUGAGGGCCGGGACUGAUGCACCCCCACUCCCCACCAACAGUUCCAUGGCGCGCAUCAACGAUGUCAAGACAGGCGUCGCCCCCCUCGGCAACAGCUCUCCCCAGCUGCUGAGCCAGGUGCCCAGUGCUGGGCUCAAGAAGAAGUCGUCAAAGCAGCGCAUGUCCCACCAGUCCACUAUCACUACUUCCCCUACCUCUCCCGCUGCCCCUUCUUCGGUCGCAUCGUCUCACUCCCAGCGCCGAAUUUCUACUGGGCCGGCAACUGGCUCUGGAGGAGCAAGCUCAGAGGAUUGGAAGAACUUCGUCCAGAGCAUGUCGGGCUCAGAGGUGGCAAAGGCGUGGCAGGGACUGCGCGACGCGCCCAGCAUGAAGGAUGCUGUCGCCAAGACUGGCACCGCCAACAUGCAACGGAGAAAGAGCGCCGUAGAGCGGCUGCAGAGGGAGCUGGAAGAGGAUGCGAUCCAGGAGCAGGCGAUGCGCGAUCCAGGCGUCAUCCACCAGGACCUCAUUGCCAGAGCCGCCAGCCAAGUAGUCGGUGGCACUCCCGAGAUGGACGGGAGCGCAUUUGGCCUUCCCCCCAGCAAUCUUCGGCCGGGCUCCGUCAUUCUGCCGCCGCAAGAUCGGCCUCUGAGCCCUAUGGCCGGCGGCGGCGGCGGCGGCGGCGAUGGGAGCAAACGACGGUCCAUGAGUCCCCAUGCCGUCGCCAACAUUCACCGAACUUGGUCGCCUCCCUCCAACGCCAGUCCCCAGCUGCUCACCCGGACAUCCCUUGACCGGGAUCUCCCCACGCCACCAGGCGCCUUCAGGACAGAAGAAUUGAAGGGAGAAGUGCCUGGCAAGGAGCAAGCGAGCGAAGGGGGCGAGGAGGAGAAGGAAGAGGGAGAUGAAAACGAGGAGGAGGACGAUGAGGAUGACGAUGACGAGGAGGAAGAGGACGAUGACGAGGAGGACGACGACGACGACGAAGAUGAAGACGAGACGCAGGAGCAGCCCUCACUCGAUGUCGUCAAUGAAGAGGAUGAGGAGAGCUCGAGCAGUGUGGGCCAUGAAAUGCACCCGCACAGCAAUGUCGCCAAACCAACGCUCGAGGGCAGACAUCGAGCGUUUGAGGCAGCCCUGCGGAAGAGCGGCCAAUUCCGAGGUGUUUCCCAAGAAGCAACAGACCGAGCACCGGCAAUUGCCAUCGAAGCCUCGUCGCCAAGGAUGCCCACCGCGGAGGGUUUCAAGACGCCAGAGGAGGACGGAGUCGUACCAAAGAUUGCUGGGGGUGUUGAGCCUGCGUCUAGGCCUGACCACGCAAGGCCACCUCAACCGGUCAGCGAGAUCGCCACCACAAAGCCCGUGGCCGAAGACGACACCACGGAAGAAGAGCCCGAGACCCCUGACGGCAACAAGAUUGGUGGUCCUCUCGAUCUGGACGCGGAGGCCAGGCACAAGGCAGAAGGAAAGCGGCAGGAGGAAGAAGAGGCCCAGGAGAAUCUCACCGAGACGGCUUCGGUGCGCAGCGUCGACACGGGCAGGGCGCCCACAGUGACGUUCGACAAGACAAUGGAGGGCAAGGAUGCAAAUUCGGACAAGACGUCGAAGCGGACACCGAGCUUGCGGUCCAACUCUCGAGCCACGCUGCAGCGAAGGCUGAGCGACGUGAGCCUGGGGACCUCGUUUGGUAUGAGCGCCAUUAUCCGCAACGGCGGCCGAGCCUCUCGCUCCUCGUCUUCGCGCCGUGUCAAGCUCGGCGACGACGAUUCAGACUCGGCUGGCGACAAGUCAGACGAGGACGUCGAGCUUCGUGCAAGGGCAGAGGCCGAACAGCAGCGGCUCAGGCAGAUGAAGGUCGGCGAUGACUUCUUUGGCGGGUCCCUCUCGAGCAUCCUCGACAAGUUUGACAAGACGGACUGGGAUGCACGCUCGGUGGCCUUGACCAACCAGCUCGACCUCAACGUCGGUGCGCCGUCCUCGUCCUCUUCAAAGGCUUUGCAAGUCGCCACCGACAGCCCUGCCGCACAGGAGACGGGCCCCACGGCGCAAGACCUACUCUCGAGGAAUGCGCAAGAGCGCAUCAGCGAGGUGCGAAGGCUGAGGGCAGAGGAGGCGGCCAAACCCACCGCUCCCGGUGCGGCAGCAGCUGCUGCGGCAGAGACAAAGACGAUUGACAGCAAAGUCAGCGGAAUGGCGCCUAGCUUUGCCGCCGUCUGGCUUCUCGAUCAGAAGCUGUCUCCCGAGAAUGACCAAGCAGAGGUCGCAGUUGGCAAGGCGGUGCCCUCUGUAUCGCAGCGAGAAUCUAGCCUGGGCCACGGACGCCAAGCAUCAACGUCGAGCGACAAUUCCUCCACGGUUGCAUCCACCGGCUCGCGCUUGCGCAGCUUCUUUGGCGGCGGCUCUUCGUCUGCAGCAGCAUCGGCAGCAGCAGCAGCAGCAGCAAGCUCACCAUCAUCUCCUGUGAUGCCUGAUUCGCCAGAGAAGAAGAAGACGAGCGUUCUGGACCGUCCGCGCAACCGUGCGCCAAAGCCCAAGGAAAUGGGCGGCGUGGCCAUCUCCAAGGGCAAGCUCCCAGCAGAGGCACCAAAGGUCAAAGAGGUCGAGGAGGACACUCGAUCCACCCUGCCUGGCCUCUUCUCCUCGCCCAAGAUCGGGACCGCGGUGCCGGCUUCCUCGUCGUCGGCAGCGGCGGCCUCAGAUAGCGGCAGCAUCUCAUCGCCGCCUUCCUCGCCACCAACGGCGACGCUGCCCAUGAGCAAGGACAAGCCAGCGCCCGCCAAGUCGGCCCUCAAGGGUGUCGUCAAGCCUUCGCGCUCUCUCGCAGACACGCUCUUUUCCUUUCCUGGAGAAAAGAAGGGAGGAGACAAAAAGGCAAAGGCAACAAAGGCUCAGAGUACAGUGCCGGCCUCUGUCUCGGCCUCUGCGUCACUGGCGCCGUCCACCACUCGCACGGCUGAUGCUACCCCUCCGUCGGCCUGGGGUGAAAAGCGAGCCAAGAAGGUGGCCAAGCUCGAGUCGAAGAGCCAAGCUCAGCCGAUCGUGUCUGAACAGCGACAGGAACAAGCGGAGCAGCAAGAGACGUUGUCGACGCCAAAGAAGGUCGAAGAAAGGAUGGCAGUGCCUGUUGCUGAAGCAAAGCAGGAGCCAGAACAAGAGCAAGAGCGGCAAGACAAGCCAGUCGAGAAAGUCGGAGAGGUCUCGUCUACGAAGGCUCACGAGGCACUACCUGCUGUCGCUCCUGCUUCUUUGCAAGCAUCCGAGGCACCAAGCGUCGCAGUGGAUGGGAGUAGCCUCAAGGAUUCAAAGAGGUUCCACACGGCGCGCGAGCUGGCAGAUGAACAAGGCGCUGGUCAGAUGCCGACGUUUGAUAGCUUUGGCACGUUUGCCUUGCCCGAGCUGAAGAAUCCCAAGGCAGAGGCGAAAGAAGAGGUCGGCGAGGCUGACGAGGAAGAAGAAUCGGACUCUGAAGACGAGUGGAGAGCCGAGGAAGAAUUUGUCGACAGCCAAGAAGGAUCCGAAGAGGAGGAUGUGGAGCAACACGACGACAAGGAGAGCGCAGUUGCCCAUGCUCGCAGCCCUCUGCAGCCAUCCUCGGAAAUCGACAGCGUCGCGAGCACAGCGGGGCCCACGACACCGAGUGCAUCCGAGGUGCUCGAGCGCAUGUUGCCGCUAGCUGCUCGAAGGAACGACUCUCCCGGCCGCACGACGGCGCUCCCCGAGUCGGUCAUGGCAGUGGACAAGAAGUUGCCGAUGCCACCACCGCGCAGCUUCGAUGGCCAAGUCGAGCACUACCACAAUGCAGAUGACGCCACGCCCCUUGCUGGCCCACGACAAGAGCCAACGUACUACGAAGACUCGACGCCGCUGGCAGAGACGCGCGAGCCGACAUUUGGCAUGAAGCUCAUUCCUCCUACGCCACCUGCGCUCGAGACUCGAAACUCCUAUGUCGCUUCUUCGCGCCCUCCCUCUGGCGGUGCAGCAGAGCCCUUGGUGGAACAGGAGCAGCAGCAAGAAUCUCCUGCUUCGAUGCAGCGCUCCGCAAGCGUCCGCGCGAACAAAUUGACGGGGCCCACCAAGUCUAGCAACCUCGUCCGAUCGAAGUCGUCGGCUUCGGCUUCGUCAAGCGGUGCGGCCAAGCGGCGGAGCGCUGUGGCAUCGGCUGGCUCUGAAGAGUACAAGGGCAAAGGCCUCAAUCUCCCUCCUGGCCUUGUCGCGACGACGGUGGCCAAGAGUGAUUCGACGGUGAAGCGCAAGAAGAGCAAAGGAAAGGGCAAGAAGGUGUCGCGAGAAGACGAAACCGGAGAGUUGUCACCGACAACUAAGGCAGAAAGGAGACACUCGCAAUCGUCGAUUCGAUCUUCGUCUGCACUCAGCAGUCUUGCCGAUGCUCCGCCGGUCCCAAUGAUACCUUCGACAGCGACAGACGGUGUUCGGGCGCUGCCGCCUCACCUUACGACUCACAGUGAGACCACCUCAUCGGCGGGCGACUCAUCGCCUCACUCAAGGUCCGUGUCGCCGUCUCCCGCGCCCAGUGCCUCUGGUCGAUCGUCGGCUGUGUCGUCGUCCGCUGCUUCCGGCAGCGUUGUAUCGGACCAUAGCUCUUCUUCGUACCGGAACAGCCACCUUGCUGGAGGCGGUGUCCCCCACUAUCCACGCAAGAUCCGCACCCUGUCAGCCGGUCCCGGUGGUCAGGCCCAGACGUCGAUGAUGUCAGCCAUUAGCGAGUGGGAGAGCAGCGCAAACAGCCCCAUCGAUCAGAGCAGGAGCGGCGCGACGAGCCCUGUCUCGUUUACAGGUGGUCAUCAUGCCGCUCACUUCCCCCAUCCACACUCGUCUGCAUCGAGGAGCGCUAGCAGCAUCAACGUCGGCAACACGCCGUCGUUUGUUCGCAACGCCCCGCUCGGUGCACCGACAGAUGCCUAUCUGCACCCGCCAGGCUCGGAAGGGAGGCACACUACUGGUCACGUCCCUUCACCCAGGAGCGUCGAUGGACACAUGUGGGCCUCUGGUGCCAACGAGAGCAACGCCUCUUUGCACCAGCCAUCUCGCCGUGAGAGCUAUUCGACGGCAUCGAGCGGCUUGGGUGCGCCGGCUUCGCUCGCGUCCAGCAUGCCAUCGGUGCCUCAGUCAUCGUACAAGCCACAAGACCCCAUCAAGAGCGCCAACACCAUCGACGAUCGCUUGUAUGCGCGAACGACGAUGUCGACAGUGGCAGUAACCAGCGGAGCAUUCCGGUCGAAAGAAGGUGCGCUCCGCGGUCGUACGCUGUCCAAGUCGAGAAAAGCUUCGAUGGCCGAGCUGGGAAGUGCCAAUGCAUCAACGUCUCCCAACGGGAAUCGCUCCUCGAUGGACUCGCAGAGCAACGAAUCGAUGGCGCACCAGCUCCAGGAGGAGCUCAGUAAGACCACAAUGGCCCUCACGUCGCACACGCCCCCGCCCCGCAAGCUCAAUUCUACCUCGAUUCUGGUGCAAGUCAUUGCAGUGGCCAUCGACGACAUUGACCGGUUGAUUCUGCGCGAGAAGAUCCGAUCGGACGCCUCGGCGUACGGCUUCGUGCCCGGACGCAGCUUCUGCGGACGUGUGAUGGAAGUCGGGUGGGAGGUCAAACGGAUGCGAAAGGGCGACAUCGUGUUUGGACUGCAGGAGAGCAAAAAGUCUGGCGCCCUCGCCGAGUUCAUGACCGUGGAGCAGGAUCUCGUGGCAAAGGCACCCGAGGACUGUCUGACCAUUGAGCAGAUUGCUGCGCUGCCUAGCACUGGCGUCAUGGCGUACCAGAUCAUGACGAACCACUGCUCGCAGCUUCCUCGUGGGGCUCGAUGCCUGAUCUUGAACGCGCACGACGGCGUCGGCCUGCUUACGAUGCAGGAGAGCAACGGCCUGGGACUCAUCAUCGUCGCGCAGUGUCCGCCGUCUGUAUCAGACGGUCUGGCCGUGUGCGAAGCCAAUGGCGCUCACGAGGUCGUCAUUGGUGAGCCGCUCUGGGCUCUCAACUCGCUGCACGAGAGCAGCUUUGACCUGGUCAUCGACACUGUCGGCGGCCGGCGGAUCUAUGAUGGUGCUCGCCGAAUCCUCGCUCACGGUGGACAGUUUGUGACGUGCUUUGGCGACGACGAGCACGGUGGCGUGUCCCUCAUUGCGAACCCGACGCUGAAAGCACACUUGCGGAGCCUCCGGCGCAGCUUCUUCAAAAAGGACAAGAAACACAUUGGCUACGAAUGGGUCGCCAUGGAUCUCGUUGGAGGCGACUCGGCCGAAUGCAGGGAUGCCCUCGAGGCCGUCAAGAAGGCGGCUGAGGAAGGUAGGGUCGUCCCGAGGAUCAAGAGCAUUCUCGGCUUCGCCGACGGACCAAGGGCGUUUGAGGGCGUGGCGCGUGUUGGUCAACGUGAAGAGGAGUCUGGCGCCGUCGUCGUCAGGGUUUCAUGAGUACACCAUACCGCCUAAACAUUGUCCUAUUCCUAUUCUCUCAUCUACUGCAAACAACAACCCCAACCCCUUUAUUCCAGAUUGUUGCCACUUUUGCUUGCUUACAUGUCAUUGUCGAUCUUUUGGGGUAUCACACUUCGCGUUCUGCAAUGGAACGGUCAUUAUUGGAGCACAUCUAUACAUUCGCUUGUCAAUCUAAGCGCUCAGCGCGGCCCGAUGCCUCACAGCCAGUCUCAGGCCAAAUAUACCGGCAACGAGCGCAGCCACGCCGCCGAUUCG